AUGGAACUUGUGAUGCAUCUAUUUGUGUCAAACUAUCUAGAAAAAUUGUCGGCCUACGAAUGUGGUUUCAAUCCUUCCGAUGAUGCCAUAAGUCGUUUCGAUAUACAAUUUUAUCUUGUUUUGAUUUUAUUUAUUAUCCUUGAUCCAGAAGUAACCUUUUCCUUUCCUUGGGCAGUACCUCUCAACAAGAUUGAUCUGUUUGGCUCUUGGUCCAUGAUGACCUUUUUAUUGAUUUUGAUGAUUAGAUCUCUCUAUGAAUGGAAAAGGGGUGAUUCGGAUCAGGAGUAA